GUGGCUUGUGGAUUCGAUCUCUCUCAGGUUACGCAGGAGUUAGAGAAAAACCAGUUUAAUGGAAUAUUUUCAGUAAACGCAAGAAAGCGAAAACUAGGUAAAACAUUCACUUCAUUUACAGAGAUUGCAUGUAGCCGAAUAUAACUCUUGGAGCCGUGGAAUAGCUGCGACAGAGACAGGUUUUGUGGCAUUUAUUGAAAAAGCAGACCUUUAGUAUGCAAUGCAGCCAUGACAGGCAAGAGUAAGACAGCUGUGAGGACGCUGGAGGAUUUAACGCUCGAUUCCGGUUAUGGUGGAGCCGCUGACUCCUUCAGGUCUUCCAGUGUGUCGCUGUGUUGCUCGGACACGAAUCUGUCAUAUGCGCAUGGGGGAAACUGCUGGCAUCUGACCGAAUCUAUGCACAGCCGACACAACAGCUUGGACACGGUCAACACCGUCCUGGCGGAGGACACGGAUAUAUUGGAGUUCUCCAGCCAAUGCGCCAAGCUUCCCGAGCUGGAGGACGUGCCAUGGAGCCUCAGCGAGGUGGAGUGUGCACUCAGGAAGAAAGAGGAGCUAUGUGUUGGGAGCCUGUCACAAGAGGUCCUGGCCAAGCUCUCAGCACUGGUCAGUCGGGCGUUGGUGAGGGUCGCCCGGGAGGCUCAGCGCCUCAGUCUGCGCUAUGCCAAGUGCACCAAGCACGAGAUCCAAAGCGCCAUCAAGAUGGUUCUCUCCUGGACCAUUUCUGUCAACUGCAUCACCGCAGCACUCGGUGCACUUUCGCUCUAUAAUAUGAGCACUAGGGAUAAAUUCUACCGGGGCAAGUCAGCGCGGUGCGGGCUCGUCUUUUCUGUAGGACAUUUUUUCAAGUGGAUGGUUGAGAAUCGAGUGGCACUCCGGGUCCAUGAGCACGCGGCUAUAUACUUCACUGCCUGUGUGGAAAGCCUGUUCCUUGAGGUAUUCAGCCGGGUGCAGAGGAGCGCGCUCAUCGAGAAUGACAACGGUACCUCCACAUUUAUGCUCGAGUCCCUAGAGCAGGCCAUCAACAAUGACUCAGAGAUCUGGGGUCUGCUGCAGCCCAACCAGCACCUCAUAUGUGGGAAGAAUGCAACUGGUGUGCUGAGCUUGCCGGACAAUCUGACCCUGCACCGGAACCAGCAGGGCUCUGGGAAGGGUGGCAAGGGCAAUGCCAACAAUCAGGCCGAACUCCACAACCUGGAACAGUCCCUACUAGCUACCCAUGUGGGAAGCAUCGCAGAGCUCAGUGAUUUGGUGUCACGGGCCAUGCACCAUCUCCAACCAUUGCGCAUUAAGAACCCUAGCAACGGCAUGCCGGUUCACCAGAAGAGCGGCACGGUGCACUGGGAGCCUGAGGCACUCUACACUCUCUGCUACUUCAUGCAAUGUCCCCAGAUAGAGUGGGAGAAUCCCAACUUGGAGCCCUCCAAAGUCACCCUGCAGAUCGAGAGGCCCUUCCUUUUACUGCCACCGCUGAUGGAGUGGAUUCGGGUGGCGGUGGCACACACAGAACACAGGCGCAGCUUCUCUGUGGACAGCGAUGACGUGAGACAAGCUGCCAGGUUGCUCCUGCCAGGGGUGGACUGUGAGCCACGGCAGCUAAAGGCAGACGAUUGCAUCUUUGCCAACCGGAAGCUUGAUGCUGCGUCCACAGAGGCUAAGUUUCUGCAGGACCUGGGUUUCCGCAUGCUCAACUGUGGCCGGACAGACCUCAUGAAACAGGCGGCCAACCUACUAGGGCCUGAUGGUAUCAACAGCAUGAGCGAGCAGGGGAUGACACCACUCAUGUAUGCCUGUGUGCGGGGAGACGAGGCCAUGGUUAAGAUGCUGCUGGACACUGGGGCCGACAUCAACAGUGAGUUGCUCCUGGAUAGUCGAGACAGCAUGGAGGGGGCCCUGCCAGAUGGAGCAGAUAACUACACUGAGACCCCACUUCAGCUGGCCUCUGCUGCAGGGAACUUUGAGCUGGUCAGUCUAUUGUUGGAGAGAGGGGCAGAUCCCAUGACUGGGACCAUGAACAGAAAUGGCAUCUCAUCUGCCCAACUAGGGGACAUGAACUCAUAUAGCCUGGCAGCAUCACAUGGGCACAGAAAUGUGUUCCGGAAGCUUCUGUCUCAUGGAGAGAAAGAAAAGGAUGACGUCCUCUCCCUGGAGGAGAUCCUGGCAAAGAGCUCGGUGCCCGGGGAGAAGAAACCUCCCCAGGCCGUCGGGACCCUCCAACGAACAGGAAAGGCCAAACUGAGGGCCCUGAGAGAGGCCAUGUACCAUAGCACUGAGCACGGCCAUGUGGACAUCACCAUAGACAUCCGCAGUUUAGGUGUCCCCUGGACCCUGCAUACUUGGCUGGAGUCUCUGCGCACCUGUUUCCUGCAGCACCGGCGCCCACUGAUCCAGGGUCUGCUCAAGGACUUCAGCUGCAUCCAGGAGGAAGAGUACACUGCGGAGCUCAUCACCCAUGGCCUGCCACUUAUGUUCCAGAUCCUCCAUGCCAGCAAGAAUGAGGUGAUCAGCCAGCUGUCUGUGAUUUUCUCCCAGUGCUAUGGGCCCUUCCCUAUCCCCAAACUCACUGAGAUCAGGAGGAAGCAGACCUCGAGACUUGACCCCCACUUCCUCAACAACAAGGAGAUGUCUGAUGUAACGUUUCUGGUGGAGGAAAAACCCUUCUAUGCACAUAAAGUCCUGUUAUUUACUGCUUCAGCCAGGUUUAAAUCCCUGCUCCAAAACAGACCAGCAGCAGAGAACACCUACAUUGAGAUCAGUCAUGUCAAGUACAACAUAUUCCAGUUGGUCAUGCAGUACCUGUAUUGUGGAAGCACUGAGUCCUUGCACAUCAUGAAUACUGAGAUUAUGGAGCUCCUGUCUGCAGCAAAAUUCUUUCAACUAGAGGCCCUUCAACGACACUGUGAGAUUAUCUGCUCCAAGAACAUUGCUGUGGAAACCUGUGUGGACAUCUACAAACAUGCUAAGUUCCUCUGUGCCAAUGAGCUGGCGGUCUUCAUCGAAGGCUACUUCCUGAAGAACAUGGUGCUGCUGAUUGAGGUGGAGGCUUUCAAACAACUACUGUACGAGAUGCCUGUUACUGUGAGCCCCGGACCCUGCCUGAGCCCCAUCUCCGAUGUCCUCCAUGACCUGGAGAAAACUCUAGCCACCCGCAUCCAGUCAAUUCACCUCUCCUCCUCCAAGGGCUCCAUUGUGUGACCUCUCUGGGUUCUUUAAACACACUUACAAUGAACCAAGUAAUGCUACUGCAACAUCCACUACCCCAGUUCAUUCACCUGUCCCCUGAUGUUAACAUUUUCAUAACAUCCCUUUAAUGUUACUGCUAUUUCAAACCCUGUCCAUCUACCUGUCCGCACUAGGGAGUGCUGUUGGUUUAUGUGACAGGUCUGGGUGCUUAUGCUUUCACAACAUUGCUGCAGAGUUACACUGCAGCGUCCAGCCAUCUGACAGCUCCAUUGUCUUCUCUUUGUUACAGGUUUGAACAUUGUUGUAAUACUCCUCUAACGUCAAUGCACCAUCGAAUACACAAAGGAAAUAUUAAAAAAAUGUAGGACUUGUUACAGGCAUAUAAUAUGCCCAUGAUAAUAAAAUGUACAAUUGUAUUUCAUAUGAGAUGCAUACGUAGAAUAGGUCCCUUUUGCUGAAAGAGUGUAAUAACUUGUAGAAUAAAAACUCUACUUUGAAAAAUGAAUUCAUUCAGUGGUUAGUAUCUGGUAUGAGAGUUUACUUGGCUUUGUAAUAUUUUCAUUUGUAUAAUUGGGAUGCAAAUCUGUUUGGUGACAGAGCAGGUGACUAAAGUAAAGGAAAAAUUGUCAAACUUUAACUUUAACUAAACCAACCACAAAAAGUUCACUGUAAAAAAAAUCUGGUUGUUUUUAUGGUAACUUAGUGGCAGCCAGUUACUGUAAAAAAAGACACAGGAUGUUACUGUAAAUUCCAAAGAAACUUUGGUUUAACAGUAUAUUACUUUACAUUUCAAUAAUGUACUGUUAAAUCAUUUUUUUUACAUUAACGGAAAGUUACCAUAAGUUAUUUUUAAGUUACAAUAAAAACAACAUUAUUUUUUUUUACAGUGUAUGCUUUGGAAGUGCAUUGUAGCAAUGAUUUCAGAGUGAUUUGAGAAUGUAAACACAUGUGCCAACUCAUUAUCUUCAUGUGUGGUACAGCAUCUCACUCAGUCGUCGAUAAAGUAUGCGCUGAUGGAACAUUUACACAACUGACCAAUACUUCAGUGCUCCUUGAACUGUACUCCCAACAAUCAUUAUCCAUGUAUGUUUGAAACAUGGAUGUUCAACUUAGACCAAACUUAUGAUAUAUUUAUGAACAAUGUCAAUAAUUUGCAUGACACUUCUCAACUGUACUACCCUACUGUUGCGUUUCAGCAGAGCCAACCUCAUAGACUACUUUGGAGGGAAAUGAAGAGUUUUCUAGCUAUGACGAGUCAGACUCAUACUGGCACUCUCGAGAAGGAAGGGUCUUCAUGCUGUAAUUGUGGGAAACAAGGUAAAUAUGUAAUGAAAGUCAA